CGAUUCCACUCUAUCGUGCCUGCCUGGACUCCCCAGGGAAGGAGGGGGCCCAGGAGAGAGGACAGCAGCCAGAUGGGGCUAUUGCAAUGCCCAAAUACAGGGAAGUGGGAAGAAAUAUUGUACGUUGGGGACCGGGGGGAAUCCAUAGUUGGCUGUACAGAGAGGCCGAGAGUGAACAGCUGGAAGUGGAGCGAGGCGCUGAACUCUACAUGCUGAUUGCUUUCCCACCAGACAACAAAGAGCUCCAACAGAGUCAUGCCUAUCAGCCGCCGGAUGGAGACUGUGUGAAGGAGGGUAGGAGGCUGGGCCAGGCUGCGAUUGAUUCCUCGCUCCUGGUCAGUGAAAAAUCAAACCUCACCUAUUACAGUGGCCCACUCGUCCGCGACAAGAAAGGCAUCAUUGUGAAAGCCGAGUGCGGCCAGGCCUGCAGUGGGAGUUCGGAGCUUGGACAUCCAGCCACCAUCCCUGGUGGUCUCCAACUGCCUUCCCUUUCGUUUGGAGUGCGUUCUCUUCAGGAAACAUUUGGUGUCGACGUAAGGCUUGGGGCGAUCAGAGAGCCAGGAACACUGAAACUUCCAGUUAUUGAGUUGGGUUCUGAGGAGAGCUCCCAGGAGACAGAGAGAGGCAGAGGAGAACCCUCAGAGGUGAUGGAGAUGGUUCUGCCCAUGGUGAAAGGCAUUGGUGACAUUGGUGAAGCCCUCUGUGAGCCGGUGGCAGAACAAGCCAAAACCUCGGGCCAAGCAAAAAUCUCAGAGAAUGAAGACGAGAGCCUGGCCGACUGCGAGAGCAGGAGGUGUGCUGCCGGCAGAGUGCGGACGAUGGGGCUGGACGAUAGAGCCGGUGGGGGCCAGAUUGGAGCUCAGAAAUUCAACGCGAUGGAGGUGGAAGGGAAAAGGAUGAGAAUCAAGAUGGAUUUCAAUGAGCGAACGGUGGAAGAGGGUUGUGAAGAGGGGCCAGUUUCGAGGCCGACCCUCCUGAUAUUGCCUCCAAUAGUUGGAAGGAAGGGACCAGGCAACCAGAGCAGCAUGGCCAGCUUCUGGACCCAGGCCACCAACGCAAAAGCUCCAGCCACAGGAAUAGUGCGAGGCAGUUUGCCCCAGAUCCUGCGAGAUGCUCACAAAGGCAGUUCAGUGGGUAGUCUGAUCAUGGGUCCUGAUGGUCAAGUGGUUCAGCUCUCACUGUUGGGAUCCAUCCGAGGUCCCGGAGACACAUCGCAAAUUGUCUCUACUGGUACACAAGAGGACAAGCAGCAGCACUCUGGCCUCACACAAGAGGAGCCUUGGGCUGACUCAAUGCAGGAUCUGGAAGCCGACGCCAAAGCUUGUGGAGAUAAUGUAGCUCCUAACCUGUGCCGAGCACCCGAACUGCCGAACUCAGACAAAGGGUGUGAGAGGAAGGUGUUGAGGAAGAAUGGCUCGAGACCUGUUAUCCUUGAUGGGGACACAUCAGGGGCAUUGGGUGAAGAUCAAAAAGCCUCUCUGUUGCUGCAGUCCCAUCAGAGUUCACAUUCCAAUGAAGGAAAUGCAGAAGGUUCACCAGAGGAGGUGAAAGAUGCUGUGGAAGGUUUUUCUGAAGGGAUGUCUAAUCCACUAUACACACCAACCGGUUCCACCCACACCACAGUGAGCCGGAUCUCCUCCCCAUUGAGCCCAGUUUACUCUCCAGCGAGCUCCCCAACUGGCUCGAUCUAUUCCAAGACCGACCCCUUCUCCACCCUGAUUGAGCCAAUCGACCCUCCAGCUGGCCAAUCGCAGGGAGAAGCUGGCAAAUCAUCGGCAAAUGCAUUAGAGGUGUCGCCCACUCUCCAUGAAGUCAAUGGCAGCAGUGAUCGGUGCGUCCAGCCUCCCAGUCAAAAGAGCAGCCAGCGGGUAAAGGACCAGGUGACGGCAGUGGAAGGUUGGACAGACACAAGCAGCCAGGACAAGGUGGUAGAUUCAAAGGAUCAACCUGGCAAAAGGACCACAGACAUCAGUGCUACAAAGAAAGACUAUGGAGGGCACAAAACAAUGAAGAAAGGGAUAAAGGAUUGGGAUACCCCGAACAAGUCAUCAGCUGUCAACAAGUUACCGAGGCAGCCAAGGGAGAUCGAGAACAAGAAGCGCAAUGACCGUGUGCAGUUUGUCGUGGGAAAGCCCAAGGGCAAAAGAAUGCAGAAACAAUACCUGCUGAACAUCAAAAAGCAGAAGAAGUCUUCAAAGAAUGUAUCCAGGGAGUUGGACGUACCUCAGGAGGAAGAUGAUGAAAAUGGGAAGAGUAUGCCUCGCAGCUCAGAUGUGGAUGGACUUCUAGACUCGAGUGACCAGAUUGACUCUCCAACUACAUCUGCUAACUUAAUGUCACUCCUCUUUGACCAGUGCUCCAUCUCCCAAAUCGCUGUCGACAUGCCUCACACAACAGUUCCAGCAAUGGGAAGCACCACUGCCCCGACACUGGUUAAAAGCGAGAAGGUGGCAAAGCCGCAGGCUGAGAAGAGCAGCGUGAAAGGUGAGAAAAAGAAAAACAUUUCUUCUGCAGAGGAGCAGAAGCUGAGAGAGCAGAAGCUGAGAGAGCAGAAAAAGAAAAACAUUUCUUCUGCAGAGGAGCAGAAGCUGAGAGAGCAGAAGCUGAGAGAGCAGAAGCUGAGAGAGCAGAAGCGGAAAGAGCAGGAGCAGAGAGAACAGCAGCAGAGAGAACAGCAGAGAGAACAGGAGCAGCUAGAGAGACAGGAGCGAAUUAAGAAAGAACUGGGGGAUGAUCUGCAGAAAAGAAAGGAUAAAAUCAGGCUUCAGAAGCUCCAGCAAGAGGAAGAGAGAUCACAGCUCGAGGCGGAACAGAAGAGCCAGCAAAACCAGGAGCAACGGGAACGUAAACAACAAGAACAGUACAAAAGGAAACUGCAGGAAAUGCAGCAGCAAAAGCAGCGAGACGUGACAGAGAGAGCAGUUGAGGCGGAGAGACGACGGAGUGCGGAGGAUGCCUGGCUGGUGGAGGAGCAGCAGAGACAGAUGGAAAUGAGUGAACCAGAUCAUCUGGAAUAUCUGAGAAAGAAAAGGGAAGAUGAAAACUGGAUGCAGGAGCAACAGGUGGAGAGCUGGAAGGGGGAAGAGGAGACCACGAGACUGAUGAUGGAAAAUGCCAAACAAGAAGCCAUGAUGUUAACACAUCAGAGGGCUUUGAUGGAUCACCAGCUCCAGUUCAAUAGGAAUUUAAUUGUGGAAUCAAACGGCCUGGAGAGGAUGCACGACAUCACCAGGCCUUGGGUCUUCUCCUAUUUUGGGCUGAAGAAGAUCGUAGACGUGCAGCCAUCACCAGAGGAAUGAAGAAAAAGGAGAUGAGCUUUUGAGAAAUUAGAAAUUGUGAGCAACAGGGCGCACUCCAUAGAGAUCUUUCCCGGUGGCUCUUAAAAAGUAAACUUGUAGCAUUUACUUUUCGAUAAAGUCAGAUAUUUGCUUUUCUCUCUGAGGCACGUAAUGUUUAAGUGUAGCCAUUAUAUAAUAUGCAUCAGGAAGAAUUUAAGUGAACCUGUGUACUGUGUGUGCCUCUUUUAUGUAGCCCUUCUCAUGCAUUGUUUCUGCCUCGGAGGGAAAAGGGGACAAGCAUGAGGUGGGGAUAUCUCUGUUCAAAAUGUAUUUACGAAACCAAAAAAUGGUGCCAGUUUAGCCUUAAACCUUGACGUAGGUGAACUCAUGUCCCACCAUAACCCAUCAGACAGCAUGGAAUUGAUGAUGGGUGCAGUGGUCUUUUAAGGUUGGUCUUAUCCAGUUCUUAAGAACUGAAAUUGCUGACCAUCCAAAAUGAAAUGUGAAUGUUGACUCAAAACAAACAUGAAAUCUCACUUGUAAUGUUCGCCUGGAACAGAUGCUCUCUCAGUAUUACAGACUAGAGUUGAAGGAACAUAUAGAAGAGUGUCCUUUACUCAACUGACUUUUAAAUUGUUACAAAGCGCAGAGGAUUUCUGUGACGUGCCGGAUUCAUUUUUAAAAUAAAAUGUUAA